UUUAAGAUUUCCAAUACCUAUCAAGCUCAUUGGGUAGCCUCAGCCCAACCUACAUCAAAGGGUUGACGUGAGGAUAAAAUGGAUGGGGAGAACUGCCUUUACCAUCCUGAGCAUCUUGAGAAGUAAAUGUAAAUAAAUGACAGCGUAUCCAGAUAAUGCCAAAUUGUAAAAUACUUGUUAUUCUUAUCUCUUUUUCUUCAACUUAUUUCCCUUCCAUUGCUGCUGGCUGCCAAUAUUUCCCUCUUUGGGUGAAAUAACCGGCAGCAAGAGGGCUGGGUUUACCUCUAGUUACUCUCUUAUCUGUACAGCAGAUUUCCUCCAGCAGGUCCUCCUAGCUUGCAGCUUCGCGGUUUCCCAGCCCAGGGGGAACAAAGUCCUCCCUGCCGUGCCGACUCCUUAGCUGGGGACUCAAAACACUCCGGGAUUUAUUCCCCGUUGAUUUCCACGUCCCGGUCCCUCAGCUCUGCUCCGAAUCAGCAAGUGCCAAUUCAAGAGCAACCUUCCUGAAGGAGCUGAAAGACGUUUCUUUCCACAAGACCAUGGAAGAGAACGAGCAUCCAUAUACACUGAUAAAUGUCAUAGGAGGCACAAAUGGAGUAUAUGAAGACCAUGUGGAGUUUCUGGAGAAACAUUUUAAGCUCAUUACCAUGAAGGAGUUUACUGAAAACAAGCAAGCUCUUAGUCAUAAAAUCAAAGCAAUUUUUAUGUGGUUUCACAAACCAGUGGUUGACAGGGAUCUCCUGCAAAGCUUGCCUAAUUUAAAGGUGAUUGCAAACUGUGGCGUAGGAGUGGAUCACUUGGACCUCAAACUGAUCUCCAGCUUUGGCGUGAAAGUAGCAAACACCCCAUUCGCAGUUUCCAAUCCUACAGCAGACUUGGGGAUGGCCUUGAUGCUGGCUUCCGCCAGGAGGAUUGUGGAAGGUCAUCAGAUUGCAGUUUCUCCUGACACUAAAUGUUUUAUGGCUGACUGGUUAGGAGAGGAAAUUAACGGUGCAACGCUGGGGAUCAUUGGAAUGGGCACUAUCGGGUAUAAAGUGGCCCAGAGAGCCAGAGCUUUUGAAAUGAACAUUCUUUAUCAUAAUAGGAACCAGAGGAAUGAGGUUGAUGAACGGGCUGUCGGUGCUGUUUAUUGCCCAAAGUUGGAAGACUUACUCCAGCGUUCUGACUUCGUCAUACUGUCUGUGAACCUGACACCUCAAACACAAAAACUGAUCGGUAAAAAGGAGCUGGAGCUCAUGAAACCCACUGCUACUCUUAUCAACAUCUCUAGAGGUCAAGUGGUUGAUCAAGAUUCAUUGGUGAACGCACUGAAAAAUGGAGUUAUUAAGGCCGCAGCUUUGGAUGUGACAUAUCCUGAGCCAUUGCCAAGAGAUCAUGCUUUAUUACAUUUAAAGAAUGUCAUUAUAACUCCUCACCUUGGAAGUGCAACUUCAAAAACUCGCCGUCUGAUGAUGAAAAACAUGGUUGAAAGUAUCUUGGCUGGCGUCAGUGGUCUCCCAGUCCCUAACGAAGUACAUGUAUAACAUUCUCCACAUGAUACAGAUGAAAUGUUAAUUCGGUGUACGUUUUGCUAUACAGUAUCUGUUUCAAUGUUUUCAUAUGAAAAUUAUAUAUUCGAUUUUUAUUUUCAGUACAAAACAAAAUUUGCACUUAUAUUCAGAUAUGAAAAAGAAAAAAUGAAUGAAUAUGUUAUUUGAUGUGUUUCCUUUAUUGUAUUGUUCAAAUUGUUUUACAGGGCUUUGCUAAAUGGAAUGGAAACACAAAUUAAAAAAAAAAAGUUGUAAUAUGUGCUUUUUUCUGUUUUUUAAAAAAAUAUUGCUGGAUGAGAUCUUUAGCGCUGGCAUAUUAAAUGAGUGUGCUGUAAAACAUCAGAAGAAUUAUUCUGAAAAAUUCCAUGACAUUUGUAUAGCUAUAUUCAAUCCAAUCCAAAUAACUUUAUUGUACUAGCCAAUGGCCAUGACAAAUCUGAAUAAAAAAUAAAUACAAGCGAGAA